AUGUCCAACAACAACAAUGACAAAACUCCACUUAUGGACAUUGACCCUCUUCCGCUCGAUAAAGGAAAGGGCAAAGAAGUUUUACAAAGUGAAAUGACCUUAGUCAUCACUAUCAAACAAAGUGAAAUGAACGUAGAUGACGCUAACGACGCUUCUGAAAAUUUUUUGAAUAACAUAAAGAACCCUCAAGAUAUUUCCACUAAAAA